CCUUCCCGCCCGCCGUUUGUUUCUCCUCCAGCCAAGAUGGCGGCCGAGGACCUGUCAGACUCGCAGCUGCGGGCGGCGUUGCUGUCGCUGGGCUACCAGGCGGGCCCGAUCACCGUCUCCACCCGCGCCCUCUACGUCAAGAAGCUCAUCUCGCUGAGGGAGGAGAUGGCCGAGGCGCUGAGGAGGAGCGAGAGCAGCUCCAGUAGCGAGGAGGAGGAGGAGGAGGAGAGGGGCGCCCCGCAGCCUCGGAGCCGCCGAGGGCCGGCCGUCACCAUCUACUUGACGACGGAGAGGGGAAGGCUGAGGCGAGAAGGGGCGCCCAGUUCCAGCAGCAUCUCCUGGGCCCCGAGCAUCAGAGGGGCCUCGCCUUCCUCCUCUCCAUCCUCCUCCUUCUCCUACCCGAGCGACGUUAGGCUCUCCUCCUCCUCCUCCAGCCCUCUUUGGGAGCCAGAAAGAGCUGCAGCAGGAGUGGGGCUGGGCUCCUCCUCUUCCAGAUGGUGGGAGAGAACAGGCCCAAGCCUCAGCUCAGCAGGCCCUUCCUGGGAACCAGAGACAAGGAGAGAGAGCAGCCCUGGUUUCAACACCGUCAAUAGGACCCCUGGCAGCACCUCUUUGCCAGGGACCUCUGGCAGGACCUCGUUGCCAGGGACCCCUGGCAGCACCUCUUACCCAGGCUCCCUGGGGAGAGGCCAAGGAGGGCUGGGGGUGACCCACAGGUCCCCCUCGUCAUGGAGGGCAGAGGAAAGGUUAGGGUCCAGCUCCAGAGCCCCAACGCCGCCGUGGAAGGCAGAAGCAGCUGGGUCCAGCCAAGGCUCCCGUUGGGAUGGGACCCCGACCCGCCAGCCCCUCUUGAAAGCUCAGGUCCAGGCCCCAAGGAGGAAGGUGGGAGGGCUGGAGUUUUAUCUCUCUUGGUUCCUGUGGCUGGCCACCUUGGGGCUCUUGGUCAUCUUCCUCGGCAUCCUUUGGGUCAAGAUGGCGGGACCUGCUCAGCUGGAAGGGCCUGAGGAGAGCUUUAAGAUACUAUCUGUGGACUGUGGGCAGAGUACAGAUAGUUACUGUCAAGCAAAACAAGAAGAAAUAAUAAUGACUAUACUGUACGAGUUAUAUAACUACCUUGCAGAUAAAGCUGGCAGUUUUGAGUGUGGAAACCCUGAGAAUCUAGAAAGCAAAUACAUUCCAGUUGGUGAAGCAAAGGAUUACAUAGAAAAUGUGACUGGCUACUCUGCAGAAAAAUUUAUGGAUGCUUUGCAGUGGUUACUGGACAAUAACAAGAACUCAGGAAUAUGGUUACACAGUGAUGAGCCUUCAGGACCAGUUACCUCUGCCAACCAAGUGGUUUCUCUUGAAUCUGCCCGUCCCCGGAUGAGCUUAGGUUGCCGCUUCUACCGGGCACUAAGCACAGCUAUUACGAACCUGUUUAUAUUCUUUUGGAGUUUAGCUUUCCUUUGGGGGAUGCUGCUACUUCUCAAAUAUUACUGGCGGAAGAGAGAAGAAGAGGAGAGGGCCAUGUAUAAAAUGGUGCAGAAAAUCAUAGCUGCCGUCCAGAGUCAUUACAAAGAGUGGGAACAGAAUUUGGAGCGGUAUCCAUAUGUAGGUAUCCUUCACAUCAGAGACACACUUAUCCCACCACAGGACAGGAAAAAAAUGAAGCGAGUUUGGGACCGAGCAGUGGAUUUCCUUGCAUCCAACGAGUCACGGAUUCAGACAGAAUCACACAGAGUAGCAGGAGAGGACAUGUUGGUGUGGCGUUGGACACAGCCUUCUUACCUAUCUGAUUCAGAUCAUUAGUGCUGAGACAAAGCCAAGCCAAUGUGUCAACACAGUGCAGGGCAGUACACCCUUUUCUUGCUAGGGAAUGUCCUGUUGACUUUACUCAGGUGCACUCCUGACACUACUGUCUAGAUGUUCGAGAGAUGGCAUCACUCUGGAGCAUAUUCAUUUUUAUAAGGAAUAUAAACUCUGGUAAACAGAUGCACAUCAAGCCAAGUUUUCUGGCAUGUCUUUGGCUUCCAUAAUGUAACUAUUUAAAAAAGAGUUGUUCCUCGCCUAAAUGAAAGAUGCCAUUGAUAGUUUUGAUGUGAUGUUAUGGAAGACUAUAUCUGACCUUCAUUCAGAACUCCAAUGCUAAAACUACUAAAAGAUUUUUUUAACGAGGAAUUGUUUAUUACAGAAAUGUUCCAGGGAUAUGAAUAGGCAACAAAUGUGUAAAGUAUCUUUACUCUUCAGCAGGAAUCUUAUUUGUUUGUUUGUUUUUGUUUUUUACAGUACUGGCAUACAAGGCAGUAAGUAGGACUGAGAAGGCCAGUUCAUGUGCCUUCAGUAGCAAGUUUGGCAAAGUGGGAGGAUCUGACAAAAAAUUACAGGCCUUGUGCUUUUUUCCAUUAAGCAUUGGUAGGAACAUGUUAGCUCAGUGAACAUUACAUAUUUUUUGUGCAAACAGUGGAAAGCAUACAGACAUUCAUGUGUUUAAAAAUGUGAUGAAAAGCAAUGAGCAUAUUCUGCAUCAUGCACAACUAGAAAGCAAUUCAGAAUGCCUACUGUGUUUUAAUACUUUAAAAAAAAGGUUUUAGAGAUCCAGACCUGAGUCCUACUGGCAGUCCCAACUAGAUUGUACAUAAAUUCCAUUAAGUGUGACUUCAGUAGGAUUCAGGCUGCAGUAAUGGCAGUGUUCUGCAGCAAUACCGUGACAUAUUUUGUGCACAAUACCAUCUUGGUUGCUUCACGUUCAUGUCAGUUUGUUUUCAGAGACAGGAAACAUAUACCAAAAUGCCAUGUCAUGCUUUGCUGUUUGCUUCAUAAACUUCCAAACCCUUGCAUGAUGUCAUGCAGUUCCAUCACUGCUUCUAAACACAACACCUGUUCAUAGUGAACAUUGUCCUCUGUCCUGUGGAUGUACCUGAAAUACCUAUGAAUUCAUUAUAUAUGCAUCUGUCUUGAGGCAAAUUUGGUUGAGGUUUUUUGUUACCUUUUCUUACAUGUUGCCUUUAAAUCACCAUAUUAAUUUAUUUACAAGUGGUGAUGGUCUAAACUUAAGGAUUGUCUUUUUACUCCCCCUGCUGGCUCUGUUGAAUAAUGGAAGAAUUGGAGUUUUUACUUUGCUGUCCUUCCUGGCAAUCUCAGCAAUACAUAGCAAUUCAUUAUAUGCCUCCUGCUGGUUCAUCAGCUGAAAUCAGUGCAGAGAAAAGCAGUCUCCAAAAACAAAGCACCAGGAGGUGUUAUUGGUUAAGUAGAAUAAAAUCUACAUUCAGUUGAAUUUUAUCCUUACAUGUUGCCAUCUGUAGCAUAGGUGGUAUAUUAGAAGAGAAGAAGAAAUGUAACAGAUGUUUCCAUGACAUUAGCCAUCUUUUUACAUGCAUCCCUCUUACAUGGUUAAAGAAGAUAAUCAAAUGAAGGUAAAUCCUUUUAGCAUGUUCUUAAUUUCUGCUGAAGUUUGCAAAAAAAAAUUCCACGGUGCCUGCAUUCUUAGGGCUUUAAAAACAUUUUUUUACCAUCUGUUUCUCAAGAGAAAAUGCCAAACAAUAUUUUGUAUGGUUAAUUAAGCUGUUCAUUUAUUUUUAUGUAGCUGGGCUGGUGCUAUUUAUUAUACAGUUCGUCUGUGUACGUUUUAUCUUGAAAAAUAAAAAGAUUUGUUACAAAUGA